UUGAAUAGCUGCGGAUGGAUGGAUGGAGCAGAGGAGGUUCGCUGUAGUCGUUGUGUGAGGGGGGAGAACGACGGUCGGGGUCGCUCUUGCGGGAGAAGGCGAGGGGUGGUCGGGAGGGGCGGACGGAGCGAGCUUUCCCGCCCGCCAUGUCGCUGCACGGGAAGCGCAAGGAGAUCUAUAAGUACGAGGCGCCAUGGACCGUGUACGCCAUGAACUGGAGCGUCAGGCCCGACAAGCGCUUCAGGCUGGCGCUGGGCAGCUUCGUGGAAGAGUAUUUCUUCAAGGUCCAACUCGUUGGGCUGGAUGAGGAAAGCUCAGAAUUCAUCUGCAGAAAUACCUUUGAUCAUCCAUAUCCCACUACGAAGCUCAUGUGGAUCCCAGAUACCAAAGGGGUUUAUCCUGACCUUUUGGCAACCAGUGGUGACUACCUGCGUGUGUGGAGAGUGGGUGAAACAGAAACCAGACUAGAGUGUUUGUUGAACAACAAUAAGAAUUCUGACUUCUGUGCUCCAUUGACAUCUUUUGAUUGGAAUGAAGUAGAUCCUUAUCUACUUGGUACCUCUAGUAUUGACACAACGUGCACUAUCUGGGGUUUGGAGACUGGUCAGGUCUUAGGAAGAGUGAAUUUGGUGUCAGGCCAUGUCAAGACUCAGCUGAUUGCUCAUGACAAAGAGGUGUAUGAUAUUGCAUUCAGCCGUGCAGGAGGUGGGAGAGACAUGUUUGCUUCUGUUGGUGCUGAUGGAUCAGUGAGGAUGUUUGAUCUGCGGCACCUGGAGCACAGCACUAUUAUCUAUGAAGAUCCUCAGCACCAUCCUUUACUCCGUCUUUGCUGGAAUAAGCAGGAUCCUAAUUACCUUGCAACAAUGGCAAUGGAUGGCAUGGAGGUGGUAAUUUUAGAUGUCAGAGUCCCUUGUACACCUGUUGCCAGGUUGAAUAAUCACAGAGCAUGUGUGAACGGCAUUGCUUGGGCACCACAUUCUUCUUGUCAUAUCUGCACAGCGGCGGAUGACCAUCAAGCACUUAUUUGGGAUAUCCAGCAAAUGCCACGUGCCAUUGAAGACCCAAUCUUGGCCUACACAGCAGAAGGAGAAAUCAAAAAUGUACAGUGGGCCUCAACUCAGUCGGACUGGAUAGCUAUCUGUUACAACAACUGUCUGGAAAUCUUAAGAGUGUAAAAAUGGUUGGGCCAUAUGGGGUAAAUAAAAUGGAAUUAGAAUCUUUACCCCUAGUAAUAUUACGAAUAACAGUGCAUUGAGACAGUGCCACUAGCUCUUAAUAACAUGUUCUAAGAAUACUCACAACUGGUGUUGAUGGGUAUAUGUUACUAACAUGUCCCUUCCUCUUCUUCCUUCCCUCACCCCCAUGAAAUGCAGGGAUAUGCUGAGCCUUCUGACUAUCUGGGAUUUUAUUAUUGCUUUCAAUUAAAGUUAUGUAUAUAUGA